AUGAGCCUAGCACCAAGCACUUCCUGUGAGAUCAUGAGCCUAGCACCAAGCACUUCCUGUGAGAUCAUGAGCCUAGCACCAAGCACUUCCUGUGAGAUCAUGAGCCUAGCACCAAGCACUUCCUGUGAGAUCAUGAGCCUAGCUGCACAAAAAAUUAGACUUCAACAGCACAACUUUCUAAUGGAUUCCCAACGUUCUUGUGAUUUGUUAGUGAAAGGCAUUCAGUCCAUCGAUGUCACGGGAGAUUUCAAUCCUUGUGAGCUUUUGCUCAGAGGAGACCGAGCCCGGCCGGUGCUUAGGGAUUCAAAGGGGCAAGUUCUGAUUGCUGCAUCCCAAUAUGGGAAAGGCCGGAUGGUGGUCGCUGCGCAUGAAGCCAUGAUACAGCUUCCAGAGUUCUUGCCGUUCAUUAAAAAUGCUCUGGACUGGCUCAAGUCUUCUCCAACGGCACGCAUAGGAGUCCACAGAAGCCUGGAGGCCCUCUCCAAGUUGCUCCUCAGUAAUGGCAUUAAAGUUCAACCAGAUGCAACACUUGAGAGAUCCCUUGGAGUAUUCUGCAGAGAUGCCUACGAUAGUGCACAGGCUGAUGAUCUUCUGAAGUUUGUAAAGAGAGGCGGUGGACUGCUCAUUGGUGGCCAAGCUUGGCACUGGUCAUCUGAACAUGGGAAGGAGGGAGUCCUGAUUUAUUUUCCUGGAAACCUGGUGACCAGUGUGGCUGGAGUGUAUUUCACUGGCAAUGUGGGAGAAAAUGGGGUUUUCCCUGUGCCUGAAAAAAUUCCCAGGAUUCCCCUGAUCACCGAGCAUGGAUUAGACAUAGAAAUGGAUCUCACAAAUCUUUUGAAUGGAGUGGAGAGAUUCAACGUCAGGGGUCUAAUGAUACCAUCUCCCUUGCUUAUCCAUGGAGCCUUGGCAUUCCCAGUUGGCAUAAGUGACAAAUACCAUUCCUUCCCAGCUGCCUACUAUGGCCGAGGACGCAUUAUAGUCUUCUCUCGUGAAGGCUUCCUUACAAUGUCAUCCAUGAUCAUUUUCUUCUUCAAUGCCAUCACUUGGCUUUCUGCUGGAAGGGUAAGAAAGGUGGGCGUUGCAUACAGUUUACCGGAACUUUACUCCAUGUUAAAUCAAACCAUAUUUCCCUGUGAGCUAACCAACUUUAAGAAAGGUCUGGGCAUAUACUGUUGUACGGUCUACGAUGUCACAGCGGUGGAAAGGAUCCAGGAAUUUGUCUCUGAAGGAGGAGGACUCCUAAUUGCGGGUCAAGCUUGGUACUGGGCUACUGUGAAUCCUGGCUCCAGUGCUAUUGCAGAAUAUCCAGGAAAUAAGAUCCUGAAUAAGUUUGGGAUUGGGAUUGUUGGAAAAUUCCUUGAAGUAUCUGAAACCAACUAUCCCGCUGGAGAGGCCAGCGAAGUAGCUUCCACUUAUCAUUUCCGGAAAGCAUUGUUGCAGCUCAAGAAACAUAUCCGAAAGGAGCAGAGGCUACGACCAGCAUACCCCUUCUGGCUCCAGAAGUUGCUGGAAGACAUUGCGAUAUUCCUUGAGAUCCCAGCUAUGAACUCCCGUCCUUUCUCUUCGGUUCAUGAAGAAGUUGUAGAGUUGGUUCAAAUUAAUGGGAUUCCUGAGGUCAGUGUGCACAGGUCAAUCCACGCCAAUACAGACCACGCCAUCUUACUUCAAAUAGCUUCUGUGCUCUAUAACGUUCUGCCAGAGUUUCAAGCCUUAGUACCCAGCCUGAUGCCAAAUUACCCAAACUCUUAUCCUACAGCACCUCCUCAAAACAUUCAAAUCAACGGAAGCAACACAGGCAAGGAAGCUUGGAGAAGCACUGGCAUGUAUGCUCCCCCAGCAAAAACCGUCACUUUAUUAUUCCCAGCCUCCACGCUCAAUGCAGAAUUGCAGGUGCAGAUUGGGUGCCAAACCGAUAGUUUAGUCCAGGAGAAGAGAUGGAGGCGUCCUCCAGUGGCAUCAAGGCGGUUUAAAGUGAAGAUUGCGAAGAUGGAGGUCUCCAGUUUGUGGGGAGGCCUCCUCUACAUCAUUGUCCCAGAGGACUCUUCACUGGGCUCCUUCUCUGUCACUAUCCAAGGGGCCACCCAGGCUCCUUAUUUCAAGCAUGGUGAAACCAGCAUCCAGGAUUGGCAAGAUACUAUCCGCCACUAUCCCGCUCCCUGGGCGGAACUGGAAACGGAAAAUAUCAUCCUCACACUGCCUUCAGAUGCUGUACGUAAACACGAUGGGAUUGAUUUCCUGCUCCAGACCUGGGCUCAGAUGAUGAGGGCCAUCACCCACUUAGCAGCCAUCCCUUCUAUUUUCCCCAGACCCGAGAGGAUUGUGACGGAUGUUCAGAGAGCAACACAUUCCAAGCACACUGACUAUCCGAUCAUCAUGAAUUUGUGGGCUGUGCCUGCCCUCGUAGACGUGCAAGCUUUCUACACCAAAGGAACCUGGGGCCCAAUCCACGAACUGGGUCAUAACCAGCAGAAAAUUGGAUGGGAGUUCUCACCCUAUACGGAGGAAGCCACCUGCAACCUCUUUUCCGUUUACGUCAAUGAGACCGUGCUGAGCAUCCCCCGGGAAACAGCCCACCCACAGCUUCAACCGCAGGCAAGGAAGGAGAGGAUUGAGAAGUACAUUAGAAAUGGAGCUAAACUGGACGACUUUGAAGAGUUCACUGCACUUGAACCCUACUUGCAGCUGCAGGAAGCCUUUGGUUGGCACCCCUACGUCCGCAUUUUAGCGAAAUAUCAAACCAUGAAUAACAUCCCAAAUGAGAAAAAGGCCAAGAUGAACCUGUGGGUGGAAACCUUCUCUCGGGAAGUCAACAGAAACCUGGGUCCUUUCUUCAAAACCUGGGGGUGGCCCAUUGAGGACAGUGUCUCCGAGAUGUUGGCCUCAUCCUACCCUGCCUGGGCCAAGGAUCCCAUGAUAAAAUACCGGCCCUCUUGA